ACACUAUAAACGUAAAUGUGAGGGUAAAAAGUCUUUUUUUCAUGUUCAUCCUGACGAGUGAGCUAUGCCGGGCAAUAUAUAGAUUAAUUUGGUAAAAGCACAAGUGGGAACGUCCAACGCUUGUAUCAUACUUUCCCGUGGUCGCCAGGAUAUGAUUUUGGCCGAAAGCAAAGAUGCUAGUGAUUAUAUUCUUCAACACCAUUCUGCCAUCAUGAAGGAAUAAAGAGGGCAUCAAAAUAUGAUAACCAUGCAAUGCAAAGCCAUACAUGGAGCUGACGGAAUAAAUUCUGUUGUGAUCGGCAUUGGGCUGCUUAUUCCAUAAACUAUAUAUUCCUACAAAGUAAAGCAUUUCAUUAAAGUAGACCAUACAUGUUAAAACAUCACUAUCAUUGUACAAAAAUCCAGCAAAAAUAUCAUUUUCUCAUACCAUAAAUUGGCCAUUUUGCAACCCAUUUAUGAUACUGUGAAAAGAUGGGAGCAAGUUCGUCUCAAGAUGAGGCUCAACAAGUUACAGAAGAGCCAAAGAAAUCAGUGCCACACAGCUCAUCAUCUUCUGGCGUUAAUUCCAUGCCUAAUGAAACAACAGAAGUGACCCGUAACCAAGACGAAGAGCCCAGGAAGAGAGUCUCCGAGGGAUCUGCCAUUGAUUCUAAGGUUGGUAGGACGACAGCGCAAGUGAAACUACCCCAUAAUUACGAAGCCAUUAUCAAAGAUGCAGACUCGCCCAUUGACAAGUCCUCACCAGACAAGCUGUCCGAUCAGCUUCAAGCAGGAGUGUUCUUAACCCAGAAGAAAAAGAAGUAUUGGGUUGAUAGGAAGUCCAAUAGCAACUGUUUCAUGCUGUUUUCCAGAGAUCUCUCAAUCACUUGGUCUGAAGAUUAUAAAUAUUGGCGUUGGUAUAGUGAGAAAGAAACAAGUGAUGUGUUGGUUGAGGUUGCCGAACUGUUAAAUGUUUGCUGGCUAGAAAUUCAUGGAAAUUUUGAGGCAAGAAAUCUCUCACCAGGAGUUGAAUAUGAGGUCGUGUUUGUGAUGAUGUUGAAGGAUCCCGCUUAUGGUUGGGAAGUGGGUGUGAACCUUAGGCUAAUUCUUCCUGAUGGAAGCAUUCAGCAGCAUGAGGAAAAUUUGAUGGAAAAGCCAAGAGGAAGAUGGAUAGAAAUCCCAGCAGGGGAGUUUAGGACUUCACCAUCGCAUGACACCAUGGGAGACAUUCAAUUCUCUCUCUGUGAAUACAAAGGUGGCAAGUGGAAGAGAGGUUUAGUUGUCAAGGGUGCUGCCAUUCGCCCUAAAACCUAACUUUAGAUUUUGAGAAAAAUAAUUGUUCUUAUGUUAGUCUUGAAAACUAACAUACUCAUGUCCUUGGUAGCAUUAGGAUUAUUGGAAAUAAGUCGAAUGACAAUCGAACCAACUCCACUUUUUCUGCAAUAUCAGAUGUUUUGUUGCAUGUUUUAACUAUAUUACAUCUAUCUUGUUCUUAUCUGUUGUCACUAUACCAUACCAAGAAGACUAUUCCUAUGCAAACGUCUUACCGAUAACAACAUUAAAUCUAAUACUAUUUUCUUACCAUAUGUACUAAAAUGAAGGCACGACAUACCUGAUCUCAUCUAUAAUUAUGAGUUUAUAUAGCUUUCAUUGCAACAUUCUUCCUCAUGAUUCCCCCGUUUCGCUCUAAUAGCUUCAUGUUUCCAAGAACCUUAUGAUGUUGCCAUUUAGAGUUUCUAAUUUUAACUAUUUCUAGCAUAUCUCCUCCCCUUCUAUUCCCCACACUCUUUCUGGUCUGUUAGGUGCACAGAAGCCCAGCUUCUGUUACCAUUGCAAUGGAUGAUGUGGAUCAGGAAAGACAAGUUCUUUAAUCCCUGCAAAAUGGUUGAAACAAACAAUUCUUUAUCAGUUGGGACCUAAAUGGCAGUCUAAUUCAUGAAACAAAGUUCAUUAUCA